UUGACUUUUUGCUUUCAAAAUACCAUCUAUGGUAUGGACUGUAAGACAAUAGUUCUUUUAAAAAAGUAGCUACUUCAAAAUCAUGGAAAAUCAUAGUUAUAUGGACGAUUUCGGUAAAUUAAAACACGUGUUAAUUAAUUGGUUAAUUAUUCAUCCUAAGGGGGCGUGCACCCUAUUAGGGCGUGGUCAGGACAAUGCUGGCUGGUCUGUUUGAUGAAGAUGCAGCUCUAGCUGAAGAAGGAGGGGGAGGAGGACAAGGGGGACAACAGGGGAUACCCAGGCCCCUCCCACCAAGGAACAGAACCAAGUUGUGUGGAUUAAGCAAUCUUGGUGCAACCUGCUACAUGAACGCUCUCCUUCAAACUUUAUUUUAUACGCCAGAGCUGAGAGAGUCUUUGUUUUCACUGAGUCGAGAAGAGCUUGGUAUUGAAGGAGAGGCUGGAAUGAUUAGGGAUAUCCCAGUUCAGUUGCAGCACCUGUUUGCUCGUAUGCUGUUAGCUGAUCAGGACACUGUGGGUGUGGAAGGACUUGUCUCAAGUUUUGGAUGGACAAACAACGAACAAAUGCAGCAGCAUGACGUCCAGGAGCUAAACAGGAUCUUGUUUGAUGCCAUUGAAUCCUCACUAGUUGGUACAUCAGGAGAGCAGCUCAUUGCCCAGCUCUAUCAUGGGACCAGUGUACAACAAGUGAUUUGUGGAAGAUGUGAGAAUGUGAGUGAGAGAGAAGAAGACUUUCUUGAUAUUCCGGUCGCUCUGACUGGGAGAGGUGAUCUUGAGUCUGCUCUUAAAGAAAUGUUCUGUGACGUUGAGGUUCUUGAGGGUAGCAACCAGUAUCGCUGUGGGACGUGUAAUUGUCUUGUAGAUGCUAAAAGAGCGGCUAAACUACGUAAACUCCCACCUGUACUCACCUUUAACCUGCUGAGGUUUCUUUAUGACUUUGAGAAAGGAGAAAGAUACAAGGAUUUAUCUAGUUUUAAGUUUCCACGUUCACUUAUCAUGAAACCUUAUCUUGAGGCAGUGAGGCCAGGAAACCCUCAGAAAGGAGGAGGAGAAGAUGAAGAGUUUAUAUAUGAUCUCUUCUCUGUUGUAAUACACAGUGGGACCACACACUCGGGUCACUAUGUGGCAUUUAUUAGAGAUAUAGACAGACUAGGAGUUUGGACACAACCUGAGAAGGAGCCUGUUUCAUUACAGAAGUCCCUCUCUGCUGAUGUCUUAGAGUAUAAUUCUCCAUUGGAGCUACUUCAAGCAAUCAUACCACAGUGCGGAGGAAAAGCAACCAUCAACAAACUCUGCAAACUACUUCAAGAUCAGACUGGUGUUACUUGGAACAAAAGGUUUAAACAGCAGUACGGUCCUAUUAGCAAAUUCAUAAGGCAGAACAGUGAUGUAUUCUCAAUUGAUUCUACUAAUACGAUCACAUUAAAGAGUGAGGCCCCACCCACAUCACCCAAAAAAGACUCGGAGGAAGCCAUGCAAGUCUUAUCUUCUAAAGAAUGUACUCCUCACAAGCUUGAGGAGAAUGAGGGGGAGGUAUCCGAUAAAGAUGUCACACCUGUUAAGAAUGAUGUUCCUGUUAGUAAUGGCCUUUGGUUUGAGUUCAAUGAUUCUCAUGUUCUUUCCGUCAAUCCUUCCGCCAUUGAUAAGAUGUUCUCCGGCAGACAGAGUGCUUACAUGUUGUUCUAUCGUUUGAGAUCUCUCAAAAGACCCAACGAAGCGGCUGGCAAUCCUGUCUAUGGCGUACCCCAAUGGCUACAAGAUGAAGUGGCUACUACCAAUGCUGUUCUUGAAGCAGACAGGCAGCAUUAUGAAAAGGCAGUUAACACAGUUAAUCUCAGCAUACAUCCAUCAGUCUACUACGUGUAUGCUAGUGGAGCUCUUCAAAACAUUAUGAAUGAUCUAAUUCAUGUGAUAAGUUUUGACAGAAGGCAAUCAGUAUCACAGUUACAAGCCACCAUAAUACAAGAGAUCAGUGAUUUCUGUACCCUCCCUGAUACAAUGUGUAUCAAUGUAGCAAAAAAAUUACCAGCUGGUCUCCAUGUAUAUGAAUGUAUAUCCAAUGAUGAAAAUUCUUCAUUGAUUGACAUUGGUAUUUCAAAUAAUGCUGACCUGUUUGUGUGGAAUGGAACCACUGUGAAUGAUGAUGCCAUUCCACUUGGAAAAGAUCUUGAACCGAUUCUACUUCAUUUGAAUUAUCCAGCGGACUCUGAUGGAACCCUCGCCACCAUUUCUAACGGUUUCCCGAAAUCUACCACAAUCCUUGAAUUAAGACAAUAUUUUGUUGAGUUGCUCAAUUGUUCGUCUCCUCACGAUAUUCACUUGAAUCAAGUUCAAAGAUCAACUCGUUCUGGGGAUGCGACUAUUCAAACUAUCCCAAUACACAAAGAUAAGAAUACUUUGGCUGAUCUUUCGUUGUCAGACGGUGAUCAUUUGACAGCUGAACUAAAGACGAAGAAAGGAUACAAAUCCUUCGCUUAUUCUGUAGCCGACAAGCAAAACAAGAUGAUCACGUUUCUAAUAGAAAACAGAUGUGUGGAUUCUGGUGUAGAAGAUUAUCCAGUCUAUCCUGUUGAAGUCUCGAAAACCGAACAACUGCAUCAAGUUAAGCGUCACAUUACGUCUCAACUACAAUUGGACAAUAUUGAGGGCGGAGGUUGUUUGUGUAUAGAGGAUGAUUUUGAAGGGCUUGGUCCGUCGCUGGCCGAGGAACAGUCAGUCUCUGAAGCUGGUAUUGAGUCUGGAAUGAGAGUUGUGCUGAAACCAGGUCUAGCUCCUUUAAGAAAUCAAAUUCCUUUAAAGUGUGCUGUUCCAGGUGGCAAUUUUCAAGAGGUAAUUGUUGAUAGAUCCUCCACAAUAAAAGAAGUUUGCUCUGUGAUGGUUGCUAAAGUUGGGCUGGAAGGUGAUGAGUGGCAUCUUAGGAAGUGUAACUGGGCAGGAGAAUCAGCGGAAACUGUUGAUGACGAGGCUGCAACUGUAAAUGAGCUAAAGUUCAGAAGUGGAGAGUAUUUUUUAAUUGAGAGUGGGCGGCUUCCUCCAAAGGGAUUCCUUCGUCUCUCCGUGCACCUCUACACUAUGGACAAUAGGAGGACUGGAGAGGAUGUUCCUCUCUCAGUCCAAGACUGGUUCCAAGGACCCACUGAAGGAACUGGAGACGAGCAGAUGGAAGUGACAGUGGAAGAGUCAUUGAUUCCUCUUCACGAACAAAUUCCGUCUCACUAUUUCCCUCAGGUCUACGGGCAGUUGGAUUUUAUUGGAAAUAUUGAAAUUAAUAAAGAGUGUUCUGUUAAAGAUUUAAAAGAACAAAUAAUGUGCCUAUCAGAGUUGUCUCUAAUUGAUAUUCCUUCUUCCGAUUUCCUUCGAGUGAGGGAUCUACUUAACAAGCGUCCGGGAAGAGUUUUCAAAGAUAAAACCCACUCGUUAAAACGACUUAAGCUAGUGUCUGGUUCUUCGAUAUGUUGUCAAGUUCUUCCCGAGGAAGAGAACCUUCCUGCUACCAGCAUACUUUUCAACUUAUACAUGAGACGGUUGCCUUCUCAAUCGUACAGCAAACCCAUUGAGGUGGUUUAUGACACGGCAGUAUCAACCACACCCAUAGGACUCUACAGCCACAUCAGUCACAUUCUGGCCAUGCCCCUCGACAGGAUCGUCCUGGCUAAGCAUAAAUUCGAAUCUUUCCAGUGGAUUAGGAUAGAAGGACACACUUUAAACGGAGAAGAUAAGGAGAAGAAAGGGAAGCGAAAGGGAAGAGGAGGAGGAGCUACAGGUGUUGCUAGAGCUAGUGGAAAGGGAGGGACUCACGUGAAUAUUAAGAACGCUCCAAUAUCACUCAGAGAUGGGGACCAUGUGGCAGUGAAGGAUCUUCAGUUUGAUCCUGCAGAUGAAGAUGACUUCUUGACACCAGAGGACAAGAAAGGGAAGGCCAUACUUGCUGCCAUUCAAGAAGAAAAGAGAAGAAGGAGGAAGGCUAAGUCUGAGGGCGAUAUUUUAAGUGGCGAUACCUCAAGCAGGAACAAGAAACAGAGACGACCGGAGAUUGGCAUUAAAAUUCAUGUGCCGGACUUCUCUGCGUCUCUGUCUGAAAAACCUUCGUAAAGUUUGUAUGUCACUCUCUCUCUUCUCCUUCCUUAAUGUUUUUGUGCAUGUACAUAUACAUGUAUGUAAACUGAACUGUGUGAUGUAGAGUUUAUACCAUCUGUGAUAUUUAUUUAUACAUGCAUCUGAUGUACAUGUAUACUAUACUUGUAUAUAUAUACAUGUGUGUGUUGUUAAGUGUGUUUAUCAUCUGUUUAUUGUCAUUUUGUGUUAAUGUGUCCCCCAUAGUGUGAUGAUGAUGAUUAUUAUUAUCAAUUUUUAUAUACCAAAAAAAUCUGUAACAUUUUGAAAUAAA